AGAGUACGAGAGAGCUUGAGCUAUUGGACCUAUCCGACGACUGCCAAUCAACGAGGUGAGUACGAUCAGAUUAUGUGAUACGGAGACUGGACACGGGACCCUAUAGGUGGGACUGACGUAGGAUCUUCAGACAGUCAGAUCAGUCGUCAUGUUUGGCCGAAGAGCAUACCCUACACCGAUCAUCCGUCCACUCUGGGCCUUUGCCAUCAGCGGCGCCGUCAUCUAUGCCACUGUUUGGAAGCUUCAGGACUCCAUGCUUGCUCUCCCUGAAUUUGCAAACAACCCCAAGAACCCACACAGGAAAGCUGUGACUGAGCACCAUUAAAUGAUGUUGGAUGCAUAGACUGUACGGGAGUU